CCUUUUUGCAUUUCUGCGUUUCGACCUUUGGACCUUAGACCUUGUACCGGUAGAAUUGCCAGCCAAAAAAAAAAGACACUCUGAUUCUAUUGCCUUGCAUCGUAUUCACGAUAAUCCCCACGACCUGUCAGCAUCUGACCUUCGAGUCUAUCACAAUUGCGACCACUUCUGGUUUUUCUCUUUCAUUACCCUCCCUCGUCGCCAUCUAGAACUUUCAUCGACCUGGUAGUUUGAUGCUUUACAUUCUUCGCCGCCUACGAGCUCAGCCAUCUCGUAUUCAUCUACUCCUGCAUAAUACAACAGACUAGUAACGAACCCACUACAGAAUCAUCCCUAUGGAAAUCAUAUACGAAUGAUAGAGUAUAGGAUUACUAAAUGCAAACCUGAGCAGACCUAAUUUCGCAAAAAUACUGUUCAUUCAUCGCGUUCCGCAUGUCUCCAAUCUUGCUCCCUUUGUAACAUACACCCCUUCGCGACAUGGCUGGAAGGGCGCCUCCAGGAGGCACCUCCAGUUCUAGAAAUGAUCUAUUACUCGAUCUCGAUGAUCAUUCUUCCUAUGGUGGACAAGGGCGACCGGUGACCGACGAACAUCCGGCUCGACCAUCUGUAUCCUACGAUGACUUCGUCGGCGGUACCCAAACCACCCAUCCGUCUGUAAAAAACCCUCCGCCCGGCGCCGGCGCUUCGGGCCCUCGACCGCCAUACCUAGUCGAUUCCGAUAGACAAUAUAGCCAAUCAUCCGAUUUACAUAACUACCAAAGAUACGCAGACGAUUAUGACGAUUACCCUGACGACGGUCAAUCAUAUUAUCAGCAUGGAGGAGCGUUGAACGCAGGGGACGACACGUCAGGUCGUGCCAAUGCGCGGAAUCGUAAUAGUGUGCUUGGGUUGGGAGGAGGAUUCUUGGGCAGGGCUAGGAAAAUGCUCGGAAUGGGACAGAAGGGUUAUUCGGAGAUGGAUCUCCCCUUAACGGAGCCGGGACAUGGACGAUCGGAUUCGAAUAUUGGGCAACCGGCAAAACAAAAUAAAAAGUUCGAGUUAAAGAAUUUUAGGUUUGGAUUCGGAGGAGGGAAACCGGAUCCGUCUACUCUCGGCCCCCGUAUUAUUCAUUUGAAUAAUCCCCCGGCGAACCAAGCGAAUAAAUACGUCGACAACCACGUCUCUACCGCGAAGUACAACGUCGCCACAUUCUUACCCAAAUUCUUAUUCGAACAAUUUUCUAAGUCCGCCAACGUUUUCUUCUUAUUCACGGCGGCAUUGCAACAAAUUCCUAAUCUAUCUCCGACGAAUCAAUAUACUACGAUCGGUCCACUCGUUGUUGUGUUGUUAGUAUCUGCAGGGAAGGAAUUAGUAGAGGAUUAUAGGAGGAAGCAAGCUGACAACGCUCUCAACAACUCGAAAGCUAGAGUCUUGCGAGGAUCAACCUUUGAAGAGACGAAAUGGAUCAACGUGGCGGUAGGGGAUAUUGUCCGGGUCGAAUCGGAGGAACCAUUUCCGGCCGAUAUUGUCCUGCUUGCAAGCUCCGAACCAGAAGGCUUAUGCUAUAUCGAAACUGCCAACCUUGAUGGUGAGACUAACCUGAAAAUUAAGCAGGCGUUGCCCGAGACAUCUACUAUGGUUAGUCCGACGGAAUUGAGUAGGUUAGGGGGUAGGAUCCGUUCCGAACAACCGAAUAGUAGUUUAUACACAUACGAGGCAACCUUGACUAUGCAGGCUGGCGGUGGAGAAAAGGAGCUACCUCUCAAUCCGGAACAGCUGUUAUUGCGAGGUGCUACUUUGAGAAAUACUCCCUGGAUCCAUGGUAUUGUGGUCUUCACUGGACACGAAACGAAACUUAUGCGUAAUGCCACCGCGGCUCCAAUCAAGCGAACCAAGGUUGAACGACAACUAAACACUUUGGUCCUUGCGUUGGUUGGUAUCCUCCUCGUUCUCAGUGUCGUAUCGACGGUGGGAGAGAUCGUUUUCCGGUCAGUUCGACGUGACUCGAUCGCUUACCUAAAACCGGAUUCUCUUGAGAAACCCGGAGACGUCGUACAAGCGAUCUUUAAAGAUCUCGUUACCUAUUGGAUUUUGUUCUCUUCGCUAGUCCCUAUCUCGUUGUUCGUUACCGUCGAGAUGGUCAAGUAUUGGCAUGGUAUUCUGAUUAACGACGACCUGGAUAUCUACUAUGAUAAGACGGAUACACCUGCGAACUGCCGGACGUCCAGUUUAGUCGAAGAGUUGGGCAUGGUUGGCUACGUAUUUUCGGACAAGACGGGAACCCUGACUUGCAAUAUGAUGGAGUUCAAGCAGUGCACGAUAAGUGGAAUACAGUAUGCGGACGAAGUACCAGAAGAUCGAAGAGCUACGGUGCAGGACGGUGUAGAAGUUGGAAUCCACGACUUUAAGCGACUACGUGAGAACCUAAAAUCCGAUCAAAGCGCCGAGGCAAUCCACCAUUUCUUGGCCCUCCUUUCGACCUGUCAUACCGUUAUUCCGGAGCGAGACGAGGAGAAAGGCGGUAAGAUUAAGUACCAAGCUGCGUCGCCCGAUGAGGGUGCCUUAGUUCAAGGUGCUCUGACUAUGGGGUACACGUUUGUUGCGCGUAAACCGCGAUCCGUUAUCAUCGAGGUCGAAGGCAAGGAAUACGAAUAUGAGCUUCUAGCUGUCUGUGAAUUCAAUUCUACGAGAAAGCGAAUGUCAACGAUAUACCGAUGCCCCGACGGGAAGAUUCGACUAUACUGUAAGGGUGCGGAUACCGUCAUCCUCGAGCGCCUGAACGACGAUAAUCCCCACGUUGAGCAAACUCUACUUCACCUAGAGGAGUAUGCUUCUGAGGGUCUUCGAACCCUGUGUUUGUCAAUGCGAGAAAUUCCUGAGCAGGAAUUCCAAGAGUGGCAUUCUAUCUUCGAAAAGGCCCAGACCACUGUGGGUGGUAACCGAGCCGACGAAUUAGACAAGGCAGCUGAGCUUAUCGAGCAUGAUUUUUAUCUAUUGGGUGCGACUGCUAUUGAGGAUCGUCUUCAAGAUGGUGUACCCGAGACUAUUCACACACUACAGCAAGCGAAUAUCAAGGUUUGGGUUUUGACUGGAGAUCGUCAAGAAACGGCUAUCAACAUCGGCAUGAGUUCUAAGUUAUUGAGCGAAGACAUGAUGCUUUUGAUUGUGAACGAAGAAGAUGCCACGGCAACGCGAGAUAAUAUUCAGAAGAAGCUUGACGCCAUCCGGAAUAACGCAGAUGGAUCAGUUGAAAUGGACACUUUGGCUCUUGUCAUCGAUGGAAAAUCGCUCACUUACGCUUUGGAGGGAGAAAUGGAGAAGCUCUUCUACGAUCUAGCCGUGAUGUGCAAAGCAGUCAUCUGUUGCCGUGUUUCGCCGCUACAGAAAGCUUUGGUUGUAAAAAUGGUCAAGAAAUUUUCACCGGAAAUCCUCCUCGCUAUUGGCGAUGGAGCCAACGAUGUUUCUAUGAUUCAGGCUGCCCAUAUCGGAGUCGGUAUCUCAGGUGUUGAAGGUCUUCAGGCUGCACGAUCGGCCGAUAUUUCAAUUGCCCAGUUCCGAUUUCUCCGCAAACUCACCCUCGUACAUGGCGCUUGGAGUUACCAACGUAUCAGUAAAACCAUUCUCUUCUCCUUUUACAAGAAUAUCACGCUAUACAUGACACAAUUCUGGUACACAUUUCAAAACGUCUUUUCCGGAGCCAUUAUCUACGAAUCAUGGACGCUAUCCUUCUACAACGUAUUCUACACUGUGUUACCUCCUCUGGUUAUGGGUAUCCUAGACCAGUUUAUUUCCGCACGCUUGCUGGACCGUUAUCCACAACUUUACACUCUGGGACAACAAAACCAGUUCUUCAAAGUUAGCACAUUCGCCUCUUGGAUUGCAAGCGCCGUAUACCACUCUAUCGUCCUAUAUAUUUUCUCCGAGCUUAUCUGGUACAGCGACCUUAUCCUCGGUGACGGUACAACAGCCGGUCAUUGGGUUUGGGGAACCGCAUUGUAUGCAUCUACCCUUGCUACUGUUCUUGGAAAAGCUGCGUUAGUGACAAAUAACUGGACGAAAUAUCACGUUAUGGCUAUCCCGGGUAGUAUGGCGAUUUGGUACAUAUUCGUCGCCGUCUACGGUACCGUUGCUCCUAUUAUUGGUUUCUCCAAGGAAUACCACGGACUGGUGCCAAAACUCUUCACAAACCCCGUCUUCUGGCUGCAAACAGUCACUCUGCCCAUCCUAUGUCUAUUUCGGGAUUUCUGUUGGAAGUACGCUAAGAGGAUGUAUUAUCCUCAAACGUACCACCACAUACAAGAAAUUCAGAAGUAUAACAUCCAGGAUUACCGUCCUAGGAUGGAGCAGUUCCAGAAGGCGAUCAGAAAAGUACGGCAAGUGCAGCGGAUGAGGAAACAACGCGGAUAUGCCUUUUCACAAGCAGACGAGAGUCAAACCCGCGUAAUAAACGCAUACGACACAACGAGACACAGAGGAAGAUACGGCGAGAUGCCGGCGUCGACGCCAACGAACGGCAGGUAGUUGUGUUUUUCAUCAUUUUUUAUCCUUCGGCGGGGAGGGAGGUAGGAUGGAUACCUGGUUUGUUUGCGCUUUGUUUGUUUGUAUUUAUAUAGGUUUAUCCGAAACCUUUUUACUCCCUUUUAUUUUCGGAUACGUCAACGAAUUACUACGAAUUCAAAGUUUUUGCUGCUGUUAGCUGUUGCUGUUGUGGCGGCUGGUAGUAUGGUAGAGGAAGGGAGGGAGUAGUUGGGGUAGCAGUGCUGCGGAGGGAAGUGGUAGGGCGUUAGAUAAAAGAGAAGAAAGAAGAAAUGGAAGAAAUAUUGAAUGAAAUGAAACAAGAAAUAUUACUCGGUAUGUGAACUAUGAUUAACGAUGUGUAAUGUAGUUUUAGUGGUAGU